AUGUUCCCCGGAGAUGAAAUAUUCCAAUUUAACUUAGAAAAGCGAGAAAAAGAGAAGAGAAACAGCGAUAGAGAGCUUGAGAGAAAGAGAGAAAGAGAGAGAAGAAAGAAAGAAAACGAAAGAAAAACCGAAAAAAAACACGAGAAAACAAGAGAACAAAAAACCGUUAGUGGGCAACGCUCCUCGUCCAGAAUCGCCCAACGACAUUUCGAGAGAAAGGUUAUUAACUUAACGACGGAAUUCAGCGACAAACAGAACUCAGCAAGAAACAGAAUUCAAGAACAAAAAUCAGGAACAACAGAAUCCACCAAGAACAGAAUUGAACAAGAACAAAAAUCAGGAACAACAGAAUCCACCAAGAACAGAAUACAACAAGAACAAAAAUUCAGCGACAACAGAACUCAGCAACAGAAUUCACAAAGAACAAAAAUCAGGAGAACAGAAUCCAAACAAAAACAGAAUCAAGAACAAAAUUUCAGAACGACGGAAUUCAGCGACAACAGAACUCAGCAAGAACAGAAUACAACAAGAACAAAAUCAGGAACAAUGGAAUUCAGCGACAACAGAAUCCACCAAGAACAGAAUUCACAAAGAACAAAAAUCAGGAACAACGGAAUCAGCGACAACAGAAUUCACCAAGACAGAAUUGAACAAGAACAAAAUCAGGAACAAUGGAAUUCAGCGACAACAGAACUCAGCAAGAAACAGAAUUCAGAAACAACAGAACUCAGGAAAAACGGAAUUCAGCGACACACCAGAAUCCCCACCAAAGAGCAGAACAGAAACAGAAAUGAGGAACAAUGGAAUUCGCAGGAACAAGAAAAUCAGGAAGAACACCAAGAAUUCCACCAAGAACAGAAUUCACCAAGAACAGAAUCAGGAACAACGGAAUUCAAACAACAACAGAAUUCGCCCAAAACAGAAUUGAACAAGAACAAGAAUCAGGAACAACAGAAUCCACCAAGAACAGAAUUCGCCAAUAACAGAAUUCACCAAGAACAGAAAUCAGGAACAACGGAAUUCAAACUCAGGAACAACGGAAUUCCAACAACAACAGAAUUCGCCCAAAACAGAAUUGAACCAAAGAACAGAAAUUCAGGAACAACGGAAUUCAAACACAACAGAAUUCAAAAAACAGAAUUCACCAAGAACAGAAAUCAGGAAAACAACGGAAUUCAACAACAACAGAAUACAAAACAAGAAAUUCAGCAACAACAAAAAUUCAGAACACUAGAAUUUAGCAACAAAAAUUCAGACACAACCAAUUUCACAUCAAAAUUCAGAAACAACCAGAACAAAAAUAACUUUGAUCGUUCAUAUCACUCUUCUUGUACCAUAUCAAUGUUAUCCACUGCAUCAGCAUUGGUAUAAUUCGUAAAAUAAUUAUCUUUAUUACUUCUCUCUCAUCUUUAUCACUAUUAUUACCAUUAUGAAUAUCAUCCUGUUUAUUAUC